CUAUGUUGUUUUAUUUUAGUGCAAGCUUAACUAAAAUGGUCAUGUUGCAGUAUUUAAAUGAAAACAAAUACACAUAUACACAAGAGCAACACAAUUACAACAAUUUACUUGUUAUUGCUAAUCUUUUAUCAUCUUCUCCAGCCCAAUUUCUAAACUGUUUGGUUUAAUGAAAUCCAAUUAUCGGCUCUAAAUCCACAAGGCCCUUUUCUCCUUUCAAGGACAGAUUCCCUUCAUCUAAUCCCAGACAAUCAAGAAACCAGGAUUCUGCUAUAUUACAUACUUCUUAGUCUGAUACCCAUCUAGGAGCUGUAGCUCAUAUUUCUCAUUGCACUUAAACUUGCUGGCUUCUACUUUGAGAGACUAAGGUGCAGUUGCUCUGAGCAGCUAAUAAUAGCGUGGCGGUUUGGCAAAGAGUUUAGUUCCCUAAUGUUGCUUCCCAACUCAUCCCAGCCCAGUGUUGUCAUAUAAGGGCAUGGCAGGAAGCCCAUGGCUUGAUUUUCUCAUCUAUCCCGGAGGCUGGGCCAGGCAGCUAUUGGCUGUGAGCUGAAGGGCUAAUCUAGGCCAGCUGCAAACGUCACUCACAUAAGUCCUAACUGGAAACAGUAUUCUACCCCUGAGUUCUCCUUGGGUGCUGUCUGCCUUUCCUGAUUGCCUGUCUUUGGGACUUCCAUUAAGAAUUCUGGGUGCAAGCAGCAAGGCUCUUACCAUGGCUUCUAGGAAAGUCUGUAUGCUUGGCCUUCUUCUGGUCCUCCUCUGUUCAUUCCAGCUUCCUAGAACACAGGGUCAACAACACCAUCACCAAAGCGAUGUAGAACACCAUGGAAAUGAACAUUAUCAUCCCAAAGAGCAUCAACAUGAUACACACCAUUCUCAACAUACAGAAGAUGAUGGCGAUAAUGAUGGCCAUCCUCAUCAUCAUGCUGCUCAGUAUAAGGAUGCUGGACAUUACCAAGAAAGUUAUCAUUCUGAACAUGAUGAUGAUGACAAUGAAGAGGAACAUUCUCAUCCUCAUAGUGCAGAUCACCACAUUGACCAUCACCACCAUGAUGAUAGUAAUGAUGUUGAUGAUGAUGAUGACGAUGAUAACAGCCAUGACAAGCAUCAUCAUGAUAAACAUCAUGGAAAUCAUCAUCAUGAUGAUGAUGAUGAUGACGACUAUCAUCAUCAGGGACAUCAUGAAGACCACCAUCACCACAGUGAUGAAGAGAGGCAUCACCAUGGAGACCAUCAGCAUCAAGAAGACAAUGAUGAUGAUGAAGAAGAUGAUGCUGAACACCAGCACCACUACCAUCAUCAAAGGCAUGAUGAUGAUGAUGAUGAUGAUGAAGAUGAUGACAAUGACAAUGAUAAAGAUGAUGAUGACAGUCAGUCACAUCAUGACCGUCAUAGCCAUCACCAACACCAUAAAGAUGAUGACAGUGAUGACAAUAAUGAUAAUGAACACCAACACCACCAUCAUAGACAUCAUGGAGUUCAUGGCAAUGAUGAUGAUGAUGAUGAUGAUGAUGAUGAUGAUGAUUCUCAUCAUCAUCAACGCCAUCACCAAAAGCAUGCUGACGAUGACGAUGACGAUGACGAUGAGCACCAACAUGAAGAAGAAGAAGAAGAAGAAGAAGAAGAAGAAAGCAAUAAUAGUAAUGAAGAUGAGGAUGAUGAAGAUACAGCUCACAAAUCCCGUCACCAAAGUGGCCAUCAUCAGCAUCAGAAAUAUGACAAAGAAGAGUCUGAUGAAGUACCUUCCAAGGAAAAGGAUGAGCAUAAGCAUGAACGACACAGACAAACGCCUGAUCACAAACAUGAGGCCUAUGAAAAAGCCAAAAAGCACCAUGAAGAGGAAGAAGAUGAGGAUGAGGAUGAAGAGGAAGAGGAAGAAGGUGAAGACAAUGAGUAUGAAGCAGGUUCUGUUUGCCACUACUGUGCCUUCUGCAAGCAUUGUGGGGAGUGUGACAAGUGCCCUUGUAAAGAUGGAGACAGCAGUGACUACUGCACAAGCUGCCAGUAUUGUCAUUUCUGCUACAUUUGUCCUGUGUGUGAGACAGCCUGUGCACCAGGAAGCAUCGUAGAUGAAGUAUCUGGAGCCUUAUUUCAGACAAUCGCUACCAUAUUUGAGCAGCAGGAACACUGAAGUGCCCUCUGCUGGAUAAGCCAAAAUUAGGAGAGAUUAUGGCACCUUGACUUUUAGAGCCAAACUGUAAACAAGAGCAUAUAUAUGGCUGUUGUUUCCAGCAGUGUUUUCCUCUUCCUCGUCUAUUAAAAAAAGCUUCCUAAGAUUGAUUUUGUCCUUUGGGGGUGGUGGGUGGGGGAAGCAAAAGGGAUUUUCUAUCUUUUCUCAGAAGGCAGCAAAGCAACUUAAGAGUUGAUACCAAGUGGGCAAGAAAAGAUGUAUCAAACCAUCUACAUCACUCCUUCGUUUGCUGAUAAAAAUCUACCUAUUGAAAUUGCUUUUGAUUAAAAUAAUAAUUUAAAAAAUCUAUUGGGAUGAAGACUCACAGAACAAUUGUCUUGUUGAGCAUUUGGGCUUUUAUUUGGGCAAGGAGAUUGUCCUAUGCAAGCCAGAGCAUGUUAACUGAGAUCAAAUUUUAGACAAUCCAUUUCACCUUGAGUUAAUACAUAUUGUCUAUUUAAUUUCCUUGGCUAUUAAAUGUUUGAGAACCGCAUCACACUUGCAGCUUAUUCCUGAGCAAUAGGUGCUGUAGUUGUUUUACCCUCACUCAUGGCCUCCAGAUUUGUUGGGGUGCCACUUCAAUGUCAGCUACAAGAGGAAUCAAACCUACCACCUCUGGAAAGUACCUGGAUAGAGGAAGUCAGCCUUAGUGAAUGAGCCAGAAUAGGAGAUGAUUCAUGCUAGUGUGCAUCAAUGCUUGUUUCUGAAUUGUGAUUUGAUUCGGUGAAAAAUAUCUGUCCGACACUCUAAUGAAAGUUGGGUCUAUUUGAAUUAAAUCUAAGUGUGUUCAUUUUUACAAUUACUUAGCCUGUCAUUCUGCUCAUAGGGUCCUCAAUGUUUGAUCUGUGAUAAUUCUUUCAGAAUAGGAACAGUUUCAAGCAGCCUUCAUCAAAAAUUAUAGGAUUACCUAAGCCGGCUUUCUACUCUGGACAACCAUUUUAAUAUUUUAUUUAUUAUUAUUUUACAACAGUUUGUUUGCUAAUUAAUAGCAAUGAUUCUAAGUAGCUUGCCAUCCUACUAAUCUCUCCUUUCCCAACUCUUUCUGGUCUAUCAGUUCUUUGGAAAAUGACUAUUUUUAUGGCUUAUUCAUAGAAUAACAAAAGGCAAAACUGACAACAUAAAAUUGUAUUGGUACCAAAUAUGAUUUCUGCCCUUUGCCAAAGAAACUUUGAACAUUUGUAGAUUUUAUGAAGAUACCAAAGAAUCUGACACAGACAAUAGCUUCCUCAUAUAGCAGCUUUCAUAACCUGGGAUCUUCCCAAUAUACUGGCACUAUGAUACCAGCAAGAGAAUCUUUUCUGGAAUGCCAUCACAGCUAAAUUGAUUAUAGUACUUUCAGGAACUAGGUUUCUAGUGCUAUCGCUUUCAAUAUAUCAGGUCCAUUUCUUCUUGCAUAACUGUACAAAGAAAAAACAGGAGUUGGAAAAGAUGUUGCUAUUUAAGCCACCAUUAACAUUCUGUGCUUCAGGCAAAGUUAUGCACAAUAAAAAUGCUGACAUAACCAGAAGUAGCCCUUUUCUUUUUGUAGGCACAGCCAUAGGCUUUAUACCCUAUUCUACAUUUUUUUUUAAUUAAAAGUAUUUUAUGCAAUCUUCCUAACCAGGUGCUAAGAAAUGAGUUAUUUUACAACCCCCAUUAUAUUCUAUUCUCAGCCAGUUUUGUUUAUAUAUUAGCUAGCAUCCCUCACUUGACAAUCAAUUGAUCUGUUGUAUCAUUUUUCCUCUUCCUGCAUCAUACCAUUUUUUCUGCAUCUGAUGUCUGGCCAUUGUACUGAAUAUCAGGAAGCCAAAAUUGGAUACAUUAAACCAAAUAGGGAACCUCAGCUGAAGACUAGAUCCAAUAGACUCAGAGUGAGGAUAAAUUGCAAACAGAACUUGGCUGAGGGUAAUUAAUGGUUUGUCUCAUUUGUUCGGGUGUAGAUUACGUUUUUGAACAAAAGCAAAACACAAGAAAGAGUUUGGUUGGGGGAUGUUGAUAGAACCUACUGCUUCAAGAAGUAAAUAGUGUGAACAGAAUCUGAUUCUGAAUCUUAUUUGUUCACAUCUGAACAAAUGCACAAGAUAGACUCCAAGCUCAAUUCUGAGCUUUCUUGUGACCUAAGAUUUUGAGACUCAACUUGCUUUGGUUCAAUUAAAAGUAAUCUUCUCUCUCCACUCAAAUGAUGGAUGCUCUUCUCCAGACUUUUUAAACUUAAUUUAUAGCCUUCACUUUGUCUAGUUUUCAUGAACAAUAAACUUUAAACUUGCUUCUAAACUCAUUGUUUGUUUUCUCUAAAGCCUUCACUUUGAUGAAGUGGCCUUAAGAAAUUUGAUCAUCCAAGGAGCUCAACGUUUUAGGGAAUUGGGGAAAGGGGCAUAUUUUUUUUUCCUCAUUAAAUGGUGGAAACCUUUAGGAUGCCAUGAAGAAUAGGACAAUGUCUUGUUUCUGUACCUUUUGUCCUUGAUUAGCUCUUCCUUGGAUCCUCUGUAUUGCAUAAGGAAAAGAAAACCACCCCCUUUCCAUUAAAAUUCUUUUAAGAGUGGCACCUUUUAGUGAGUAUUGACCAUUAAAUGUGUUUUUGACUAAAAUAAAUCUGCUUUCAAUUUGGGUUUCUGUUAGUACACUAAAUUGACCCUGGAUGAGGAUUCUAUAUCUAGGCAGAUCCUGACAACUAUUGGAUGGUAGUAAAAACUGCACACUCUUCGUUUUGCAGCCUGUAUCUGAUAUAUCUACAACAGAUUAUUCUGCAGAUGCUACCAAGCUACCAGAAUGCACAAUCUGGGCAAUAAUGCAGACCUAUGAUCACAGGUGCAGAUGCAGAGGUACUAACAGAAAAGCUAACACAAGGCCCAUCCUUAUUAUGAAAAGAGCAAUGUAUUUAUAGAAAGAGAGUUAGAGACCGUGAGGGAAGUUGAUUAUGGGGAGGAUGGGGGUUACAUAUUGGUGUCCAGCGUUUUCUUGGACAUCUCUUUUCCCCCUCUAAUAUAAGAGAAAAGUAGCUGUCAAUGAAGAGGUAAAUAAAUCAAUGGGUUCAGUCUUGGGCAUCAAAAGAGGCCGGACAAAAUCCAAAGCCUUUGGACUUUUGACUUCUAAGUAUCCUGUUUUCAAAUAAUUAAAUAGACACACUAAGUAUUAACCAACUGCCAGGAGGAAAAAAAUAAAAUCCCAAACCUGGUGGUCUUAUUGUUCCAAUUAUGUUAGUUUGGAGAGGUAGAUUAUUAACUAGGGCAUUUCUAAAUGGAUGGCUCCUCCACAAUAAAUCCAGUGGCCUGUGGAACCAUGCAUCCUGGUAAAAAGGAAAAAAUAAAUAAAACUAUGGAGUUUUAGAAGUAUAGGAAUAAUCAUCUGAACAACAUAUGAAGUUCAUUAGCAUUAGGUGAUUGCUUAAGAAAAAGUCACAGGUAAUUCCUUAAGAAAAGCUUAGUCUGGAAAGACUCUAAAUUUCACAUUAUGGGUGCUUCUGUGCUUACUUACCCACUGUUUAAUGGAUCUCAAUUUUAUAGAUUUGGGAUUUAAUGGACAAGCCUUCUGAAUGGGAGUUGUAGUGCUGAAACACCAGCUGAAGCAGAGAAGGAAAGGUUGUAGGAAAAUCAGGUGAGCAGAAAGAAUGGAAGGCAGGAGAAGAGAUGGAAAAAUAAAACCAUGAGAAUAUUAAAAGUGGAGUGGUCAACUGGGGACGGGAGCUCUUGAAAUACACCAUGUGGAGAGUUGCUGACAGGAAAGAGGUGGGCAACACGCUCUUUUAUUGCUACAAUAUUCCUGUAAGUUUGCUUGGGCUGAAAUGGCAAGUAGCCCCAAGUCACCCAAUGAACUCCAUUGCUAAGUAGGAAUCUGAUCCUUGGUGCUCCCAAUCCUUUUGUAUCAAUAUUGAGAGUACGUCAGAGAAAGCACCAUAUUAUCAGUAGAGUGGUGGCAUGCUAGGUAGAAAGGCUAAAGCUAGCAAAAUAAAACAAGAUACUAAAGACCAGAGAAGGAUGUGUUUCUGGUGCCCUUCCCUUCAAAGAGCAAGAAAUAAGGGGCAAGAAGUCUGUUAACAAAUAAAAGUGGAAGGAAAAAGACCUAAGAUUUAAUUUCUGGCACUAUUAUGUACUGCAGCUUGCAUUUCUGGAUCUGUGGUAGCUGCUUCUCAUACAAUUUCCUGUAUCUACAAUAAAAGCAAUAUAUGUAUAAGCUUUAUCCCUCCCACUGCUAUGUUAACUCUUAAUUGCUGGUUGUACUGAAAGUAGUUUACAGUAUUGCAAUAUAGACAAGGCUUUGGGUGCAGGAUCUGAAAUCAAGCAGUGCUGGGCUGAGCAAGGGAGCGUUAUACUCUCCCUCCAACCUCUGGUUCUGUUAGAAGAAUGGUGGGCUCCUAAAAGCUACAAUACAGUAGAAGCAAAGAAUGUCAGGAAUUGCCUCACAGAGAACAAAUGGAAAUCCUCUUGUCAAUUCUGUACCUUGCUCAUAAAGAAAAAUCUGCAGAUCCUAGAAAACGUUUUCAAAGUUUUUUUUUCUUUUUUCUUUAAAAAACAUUUCUUAGCUCAUUCCCCUUGUAACCCACCCUCUCUGCCUUCCCUGGAAGCAAACGGGAAUGAAGGGGGACCAGAAGAAGAUAGCUCCUCCAGUACCUCAGCUUCCUGCUUACCCCUCACAAUCUCCCUGACAGAUUUGAUUUCCAAGAUUGUAUAUUUUUUUUUCCUCCCCUACCCAUUUUUUGUCAUGCAAAACUACCCCUUUGCUUUGCCCCUCACACCCACACAUUCUCCUCGAAGGAACAGCUGAAAUAAAAAUGUAAAAAAAAAAGAUGAAAAUAUAUAAACAUCAAAUAAAAAUUAUUGGCGUGCAGGGCAGAGGGGUAGCAGGACACAUUAUUAAAUUAACAGAGAACCUGUAAUGGCGGUCGAAAAAGAAAUUCAAUUUACACGAGAUUCCACAGCACAGAUAUACACAGAAAAUACAACUCUUAUAUUACAAUAGUCUUGGAGGAAGGGAGAUCUGUGUGCCAUAUCAAUAAAGUCCAGAGUCCUAUCUCCAGUGACCGUCACAGGCUGAAGUCUACUCUUUCCAGUUUGACCAUCUCGGACUUGAAUUCCCCACUCUCUGCUCUCAUAAAAAGAAGAAGAAAGAAAAGAAGAAAUGUGAUGCUCCAUCACACCAGAUGGACCACCUAUCUACUGGGACUGCUUCAUGCCAGCACCAAGAGAGUUUGGAUGACAAUUUCUAGUCCUCUUUCCUCCUCCUUCCUCCUCCGGGCGUUCUCUCAUCUAAAGGAAGAGGGAGCUGCAAAGGCAAGGGGAAAAGAAGAGAAAGAGGGAACUCUUUUUAUUUGUUGACUUGUCCUGAGAAGCAGCUACUUCUGGACAGAAAGAACCUUUAUAUUCAGGCAUCCAAAAUUUAAGCUCUGUGUUUCAGGCCUAGAGGCAGGUUGCUCUUUGGGGUAGGUGUGAGCAGGAGGUGGUACACUGGCUUUGUUCCUCCUGGCUUCAAUAUUCUCCCCUUGUUGAGAAGAGGGAUGGGAAGGGGCAGGG